UAUUGUAGUGAAAUACGUAUUUUAAAACGAGGCCGCUCUGUCAAAGUACACGUCAGCUCUCGCUCUUUCCCGAAUAGUCUUCGGCAUCCAGCCAAUUGUUGAAAGCCGAAUAGGAGGAUCUCAUCCAAUCAGUUCUCGACACGCCGGCUCGUGUCUUUUUAAUAUACGUUUACACCCGGUAUUCAGCAGAAUUUUAUGAUAGUUCAAAUUUGGCAUUGUAUCGAGUGUAAAUUUCUGAGCUUUUUUGAUCCAAUUGAUUACUCCUAAAUCUCCAUUUAAUUGGAUUAUACUGUUGUUAAAUUAUCGGCAAUAGAAUACUUACCAUGAAGUUGAUUACGAGACUAGCAGCUUGUUUGCUGCUUGUUGCAGCUUAUGUUGCAUCAAAGAGUGAUGACAAGGAAAGUAUAGGGCCUGUCAUUGGUAUUGAUUUAGGAACAACUUAUUCAUGUGUUGGAAUCUUCAAGAAUGGAAGAGUUGAAAUUAUUGCUAAUGACCAAGGUAAUCGAAUUACUCCCUCUUAUGUGGCUUUUACACCCGAAGGAGAGAGGUUAAUUGGUGAUGCUGCUAAGAAUCAACUGACAUCCAAUCCCGAAAACACAGUUUUUGAUGCAAAACGUCUGAUUGGACGAGAAUGGUCAGAUCCAACAGUCCAAAAAGAUAUCAAAUUCUUCCCAUUCAAGGUUAUUGAAAGGAACAGUAAACCACAUAUUCAAGUAAAGACUAAGGACGGAGAUAAAGUAUUUGCUCCCGAAGAAAUAUCUGCCAUGGUUUUGACCAAAAUGAAGGAGACUGCUGAAGCUUACCUUGGGAAGAAAGUAGUGAAUGCUGUAGUGACUGUUCCUGCCUAUUUCAAUGAUGCACAAAGACAGGCGACCAAGGAUGCUGGCCUCAUUGCUGGAUUGAAUGUUAUGAGAAUUAUCAAUGAACCGACUGCCGCUGCCAUUGCUUAUGGUUUGGACAAGAAAGAAGGAGAAAAGAACAUCUUGGUCUUUGAUUUGGGUGGUGGUACUUUUGAUGUUUCACUCUUGACCAUCGACAAUGGAGUAUUUGAAGUAGUAGCCACUAAUGGAGAUACUCAUCUUGGUGGUGAAGAUUUCGAUCAGAGAGUUAUGGAGCAUUUUAUCAAGAUUUACAAAAAGAAAACUGGCCAUGAUAUCAAAGGCGACAACAGGGCUGUUCAGAAAUUGAGACGUGAAGUUGAAAAAGCAAAGAGAACUCUAUCAUCAGCUCAUCAAGCUAGAAUUGAAAUUGAAUCUUUCUACAAAGGAGAAGAUUUUAGUGAAACCUUAACUAGGGCGAAAUUUGAAGAACUGAACAUGGAUUUGUUCCGUUCCACUAUGAAGCCAGUACAGAAAGUUUUGGAAGAUGGUGACUUGCAGAAGAAGGAUGUUCACGAAAUUGUUCUUGUUGGUGGCUCCACUCGUAUUCCAAAGAUCCAACAAUUGGUGAAGGAGUUUUUCAAUGGAAAAGAGCCCACUCGUGGUAUCAAUCCUGAUGAAGCUGUUGCAUACGGAGCUGCUGUUCAAGCUGGAGUUCUGAGUGGUGAUGAAGAUACAGGUGAAUUGGUUCUUCUUGAUGUUAAUCCUUUAACUAUGGGAAUUGAAACUGUUGGUGGUGUCAUGACAAAAUUGAUCCCCAGAAACUCUGUUAUACCCACAAAGAAAUCUCAGAUUUUCUCUACUGCCUCAGAUAAUCAAAAUACAGUUACAAUCAAGGUUUAUGAGGGUGAAAGACCAAUGACUAAAGACAACCACAUCUUGGGAUCCUUUGAUUUGACUGGAAUACCGCCAGCUCCACGAGGUGUCCCACAAAUUGAGGUCACUUUUGAAAUCGAUGUAAAUGGAAUCCUAAAAGUAUCUGCUGAAGACAAAGGGACUGGCAAUAAAGAAAAAAUUACUAUCACCAAUGACCACAACAGGUUAAGUCCAGAGGCCAUUGAAAAAAUGAUAAAAGAUGCUGAACAGUUUGCAGAGGAGGACAAGAAACUGAAAGAAAAAGUGGAAGCCAGGAAUGAAUUGGAAUCUUAUGUUUAUUCUUUGAAAAACCAAAUCAAUGAUAAGGAAAAGAUGGGUGGCAAAUUGAGUUCUUCCGACAAAGAAAAAGUGGAGGAGGCCCUGGACGAGAAAAUCAAAUGGCUCGAAAGCAAUCCGGAUGCAGAGGCAGAAGAGUACAAAACCCAAAAGAAGGAAGUUGAAGAUAUUGUAACUCCAAUAGUUUCUAAAUUGUACAGUGAGGGUGGUCAACCACCUCCACCUCCUACAGGUGGAGAGGAUGAAUUUAAGGAUGAAUUAUAGACUAUAAUAAAUUUAGUUUUUGUACAAAGGGACUACAUUUGAGUACUUCUGUGAAGAUACUCUGAACUUAUUUCAUCCAACUGAAACAUUCAUUUUGAAAAAUUUCAUUUCAUCAACUUAGAAAUUUUGUACAUAAGUGACUUUUGCUGUUUAUUUAUACAAUUGUUUUGUGUUUUUUAGUUUAUUUAAAUAAAUUUUGUGUUGAAUUUGUA